AUGUCGGCAGCAGCACCCGCCCCCGCCGUACGAAGCGGUCCCUCGCAAAAUGCCUUUAAGAAUGUCGACAAGCCAGACGAGGUCAGGAGAUCUAACCUUUCCGCAGCAAAGGCGGUCAGUGAUGCCGUCCGCACCUCGCUUGGACCCAAAGGAAUGGACAAGAUGAUCCAGACUUCCAACGGCGAAGUUGUCAUUACUAACGACGGUGCCACCAUCCUCAAACACAUGGCUGUCAUGCACCCAGCUGCUAGAAUGCUUGUCGAGCUUUCGCAAGCGCAGGAUGUCGAGGCUGGUGACGGUACUACCUCGGUUGUCGUCAUUGCAGGCAGUUUGCUCGGUGCAGCCGAAAAGAUGCUCAACAAGGGUCUCCAUCCCACCAUCAUCGCCGAGUCGUUUCAGAAGGCUGCUGCUAAGGCGGUUGAGUUCCUCACCGAUAUUUCGACCCCCGUCGAGCUCAACGAUCGCGAGUCGCUCCUCCGCGCUGCCAGCACCUCGCUCAAUUCCAAGAUUGUCUCCCAGUACUCGUCCGUCCUCGCACCUAUCGCCGUCGACGCCGUCACUCGUCUCGUCAUCCCUGCUCCACCCGUCACUUCGGCCAAGCUCGCUACACCAGGCGCUUCGUCUUCCGCCUCGUCCACCGCUGAAGGUACAGCUCCUGUUCGUUCCUCGCGCAACAAAGAUGCACAGGACAACGUCGAUCUGCGAGACAUACGCAUUGUCAAGAAGGUCGGCGGUACGAUCGAUGACACUGAGCUCGUAGAGGGACUCGUGUUGGCACAGAACGUCGUCUCGGGAAGCGGAGGUCCCACACGCAUGGAGAAGGCCAAGAUUGCUGUGUGCCAGUUCCAGUUGAGCAGCCCCAAGCCAGACAUGGACAACCAGAUUGUCGUCAACGAUUACCGCCAGAUGGACAAGAUUCUGAAGGAGGAGCGUCAAUACUUGCUCAACAUGUGCAAGAAGAUCAAGAAGACUGGCUGCAACGUUCUCCUCAUCCAAAAGUCGAUCCUUCGCGAUGCCGUCAACGAGCUUGCUCUUCACUUCCUCGCCAAACUCAAGAUUCUCGUCGUCAAGGAUGUCGAGCGAGACGAGAUCGAGUUUGUGUCCAAAACGCUCGGUGCGAAGCCUAUUGCGGAUAUCGAAGCUUUCACCGAGGACAAGCUUGCUUCUGCUGACCUGAUUGACGAAGUGCAGCAGAACGGUGCUCGUGUCGUCAAGAUCACCGGCAUCAAGAACAUGGGUAGAACGGUCAGCAUUCUUUGCACUGGCGCCAACUCGCUCGUUCUGGAGGAGAGCGAACGUAGUUUGCACGAUGCAUUGUGUGUGGUUCGCUGCCUUGUCAAGAAGAAGGCAUUGAUCGCCGGUGGAGGUGCACCCGAGGUGCAUGUUUCGCGUUUGCUAUCGCAGUACUCGCAGACACUCAAGGGUAUGGAGGCCUACUGCUUCCAGGCAUACGCAGAGGCGCUCGAGGUGAUCCCUACUACGUUGGCAGAGAACGCGGGUCUCAACCCGAUCAGCAUUGUCACUGAGUUGCGCAACCGUCACGCUUUGGGCGAGAGGACGGCUGGUAUCAACGUUCGCAAGGGUCAGAUCACCAACAUCUUGGAGGAGAACGUUUUGCAGCCGUUGCUCGUCAAUACAAGCGCCAUCGAGCUUGCUACCGAGACUGUUUCGCUGUUGCUGAGGAUCGACGACUACCAUCUUUCGCGUUAA